GGUAAAGGUCUCAGUCACAUUUGAGUAAAACAAUCCUAUUUCUAUAAAUGUCAUAGGAUCUUUUUCUUAAAGAUCUUUUAUUUUCACGGACCCCUUGCAAUUACACCACGGACCACUAGGGGUCCGCGGACCCCCGGUUGAGAAACACUGCGCUUACUGGUUUGACUGUAUUUCUUUGGCAAGAAGACGGUAGCUAUUUAGUGCCCACUCCAGAUCGGUAGGUGGCGGUAAUGCUUCCUAAAGCCGCUUACCAACCGCCGAUAAAAAUGGAGAGAAGCAGAAGAACGAAAGAGGAAGAAGAAGAAGAAAAAAAGAGGCGAAUUGGGUCACGUGAGCACAGCCCAGCUGAGCGACAGAGGAGGGCUAGCGAGUUAGCCGCGCUAGCUAACGGUUAGCUGUCGAAACCGUAACGGGAAGAAAGAAGUCGCCGUUUUCCCCCCCUAAUUAUAAAAUCGCGGGACGACAACCGCGUUGGCCGCUCGGCGAGUCAUGGAGUGUACACGACGGGUGUCGUGGUUUAUUGGAUCUCAGCGCAGAUGUCAAGUCAGUGGUGGGAUGUCGCCGUCAUAGCUUGUAGCUAGGCUGGGCGAAGCCGAGGGCCGGGCAGGGGAGGCCGCCGGGGCAUCUGCCCCUCAGGUGGAUCAAGGAACAGAGAGAAUCGGUGCGACUGGUUUGAGACGGUGAACCCUCUUUUAUCCCUGGUCUUGGGUGUUUUACAUCCACAUAUCUGUUACCACCUUCAUCACCCCGAGUAGAACCAUGUCUACACCAGGAUGCUGCCACCUACCCGGCUCCCUUUGUGAUUACUCUGGGAACACCGACUCUGACGCCACAAAGGACUCAGAGGAGUCCGAUUCUACCAUGCAAGCUCAGUACAUUGCCAAGGUUACAGCUAAAGAUGGCCGCCCACUCUCCACCAUCGUCAAAGCUGUGAGCUUGCAAAGUGAUGUAGGAAUGUGUCGUAUCUGCCAUGAGGGGGUCGGUGGUGAGACGCUCCUCUCGCCGUGCGACUGCACGGGCACGCUCGGCAAGGUGCACAAGAGCUGCUUGGAGAAGUGGCUGUCCUCCUCCAACACCAGCUACUGUGAACUCUGUCACACCGAGUUCACCAUCGAACGGCGGCCACAACCUCUCACACAGUGGCUGAAGGACCCAGGUCCCCGCAGUGAGAAGCGGACUCUGCUGUGCGACAUGGCCUGUUUCCUGCUCAUCACGCCCCUGGCAGCCAUCUCUGGGUGGCUUUGUCUGCGUGGAGCCCAGGAUCACCUGCAACUGAAGAGUAGACUGGAGGCCGUGGGACUCAUUGCACUCACCAUUGCGCUUUUCACCAUCUACAUCCUCUGGACAUUGGUAUCGUUUCGCUAUCACUGUCAGCUGUACUCGGAAUGGAGGAGGACCAAUCAGAAGGUGCGCUUGCUCAUGCCCGACUUAAAAGGGGCUCACGCUACCCAACAUUCUGUGCCGACCAAGUCGACCAAGAAAAUGACUGAUGAGACCAUCGUAUGAGUGCCGAACGCAGGCUGUGGACUAAAAAAAAAAACAAAAAAAAAACAAAAAAACAACAAACCACACCUCUCCGCCAAAGCGCUCUUAAAACGAAAACGCAUUACACAAGUAUAACUUUUGCACUUCCUACGGACCAUUCUGAGCGGAGGAGGGGGGCGGGUGGUGUGGUCGUUUCCUCCUCCUGUUUACAUGUAUAUGAAGCACUUGAUGCGAACUGCUAUGGUGUUAGCCGACAACGAGACCCGACACGGCGGGUUUGGACGGGAGUCAUUCUGUAGUCUUAGCUGAAGCUGACGUGCGGAAUCGUCACCUGGCAGCCCCUGCUGGGAUGUCGACACUUGGGACUUCGGGGACACUGGAGGAAACCUGCCCCGGCUGUCUGACAGUGACGCUGUCUGAAGACACGAGCUAAUGUGGCGGGAUGUAACAGAUUUAGCAUGCUACUACAGUAUAUCUAAACUCUAAUCAUUACCUACCUGUCAUUCCCCCAUGUCCCUUCACCAUCUAUCUAUCCACGGCUGAAACACAGGCGGUUGACAGCCCGGCAGAGAAUAAUGGUCUUCUACAAAAAAUGUGCGAUUGACCGAGUCAGAUCACAUCACUGGGGAGUAUUUUUUUUUCCAGAUAAGUAGAGGACGGUCAUUUCAUAUAUCAAAAUUGUGGUCUUAUUUGAAAUCGAUAGGGUAAAGCUUUUCCAUUGCUGUCUAAAUGGGGGGAAAACAGUGAAAUCAGCAGUCAAAACGUCAGACAUUUCUAACAUUUGAUAAAAAAAACCCUCCAAAAAAAACCAAAUCGGUCGGCAUAGCACUGAAACCAUAGGAUAUUCCUGUUAAACGUGUAAUGACACUAACAGUAAAGCGGCAUUAUGGUCGUGUAUACGGACGUAGCGUUGAGGUUCUGGGAGAGCGUUUACUUUGUAAAUCGGGGCGGAGCUUCCACCGAUGUCAUGAAGGGGCAUUACGAACAUCUCCGCUCCGCUUGUAUAUGCACCAUUCAAGUAUUAAUGGAACUAAUGGCUACAGUUAUAGCGGGGAAAACUAGAAGAACAUCAAAAGAGACAUGCUGAAAUGACAAUGACGGAAACGAAAGCAUUCUAAACGUAGAGAUUAGAGAAAAGUACCAGUGCAGCCUGGGGGACUGUCGGCUCGAUGGCUAAUUUAGGGAGGGAGGGGAAACGAACAAACAUGCAAAAUGUUUGAAGUGUCUAAUGUAUGCUGCAUAUCCUAAACAAAGUAUUCUGUGUCAUUUUAGUCUUCCUGCUGGCCUCCCUGGAGAGUUGGGUCACUGUGCAAUAAAACAUAAGGGACUCCUGCUAUAUGGAUCAAUAUAGAAUGUCUUGUUUGA